CCUCCUCUACCUCUCGGGCUGGACUGCGGUGCACUGACGUCGGCUCGCCCUCCCCUGCCCCCUCGCCCCCCAGCAAUGGCCUCACGCAUCGGGCUGCGGAUGCAGCUGAUGCGGGACCAGCUGCAGCAAGAGGAGCAGCGUGAGCGGCAGCAGCAGCACCAGAAUGCAGUCCUGCAGCCGUACAUGCAGCAGCGCAUGGCCGGGCCACCUGCACCCACCCCUGCCAUUAGCGCCCCACAGCAAUACCAAAGCAUGCAGGUCCCCGUGGAGAUCCUUAAGGUAGAGACUCACCUUGAGAAUCCUACAGACUACCACAUCCGCCAGUCUCGGAGGCAACAGGUGAAAGAAUACCUGUCGACCACCUUCGCCACAAAACAGAUGGUCCAUGCAGUAGCCGGGCUGGUUCCACCCACUUCCCCCACAAAAAUGGGACCCACAGGGGGUUCAGCAUCUGCCCCCCCUCCCCUCCAGUCCCCGCACAUGCGUACCGAGCAGCUCAUGACUGGCAACAGUGCACCCAACAGCCCCAUGGCCAUGCUCAACCUCAGCUCCAGCCACGAGAACGAGAUGGAUGAGGUAAUUGAUGACAUCAUCAGCAUGCAGUCCAGUUAUGAUGAUAUUCAAGCGUACACUGACCUUGUGCAGAUGCCCAACACACUCCCUCUGUCUAGCAGUCACCUUGAUGUGUAUACAGGUCCUGGGAUGAAGGGGCCGGCCAUUGCUACGACCAGUAACUCCUGUCCUGCCAACCUGACCAUCAAACGAGAACUGUCAGAAGCCCGUGCAAUGGCCAAGGAGAGACAGAAGAAAGACAACCACAAUCUCAUUGAGAGAAGGAGGAGAUUCAACAUCAAUGAUCGAAUCAAAGAGUUGGGCACCAUGAUCCCCAAAACCAACGACCUUGAUGUGCGCUGGAACAAAGGCACUAUAUUGCGGGCAUCAGUCGAGUACAUCAAACGCAUGCAGAAAGAUGUGCAGAGGAGCAGGGAGGUGGAAAACAACUUCAAAAGAAUGGAGAUGGCCAACAAACAGAUGUUGCUACGCAUCCAGGAGUUGGAAAUGCAGGCUCAGAUGCACGGCCUGGCCAACCCCUCUCCCUCUGCCAUGAAUCUGACUGACAUCAUGGCCCCUUAUAUAAAACAAGAGAUCAGCCCAGAGGAGAAGCUUUCUCACCCUCAGUUACAAGUCCACCACCAGCCACAUCACCUACCCCAGAACCAGGCUCAGCCCCAGGCCCCCCAGCAACACUUCCUUCCACAAAACCACCUCCAUCCUCAGGGCCAGCCUCAGCCACAGCCCAGGCAGCUGCCUCCGCUCCCUCAGCACCUCCAGCACCAGCACCAGCACCAGCAGCCCCUGCAGUACCCAACUGUGGGCAGCUCCCAGGCCUUUGACUACGCCCAGUCUUUGGACUUAUGUGAUGGUAUACCUGGCUUCUCAGACGGCAUGUCGGAACUGGGCGAACUGGGUGGACUGGAAGGCCAUGGGAGAAGAGGGGAGUUGGGCUUCCUGAUGAUGGAUGAGCCCUUGUCCCCAAUGGGCGGAGACCCGCUGCUCUCAGCAAUGUCCCCCGAAGCCUCGGUCGACUCCAGCCGCAGGUCCAGCUUCAGCAUAGAGGACGGAGACAUACUGUAGACACGUGCGCACAAACACACACACACACUUACACAGAGGUGUCACAUGGGGUGCAUCAGUGACGGUAGACACAUGUACAGCACAUACGAUGGAAAGGAAAUCAGCCACCAGGCAUCACACCAGAUAUUCACCCACCAUUGAGUCACAACACGCGCACACACACACACACACACCGGUGACACUCUGUGGUAGAGUACGGUGUUAAUGGUACAAACACAAAUAUGGUACACAGCUCUCUCAACUGAAAACAUCUGCACUAACAUACACAAGUACACGCGAGAUAACGUCAAACUCUGCCCGACAGGCUGAGCAUUUACACAGGGUGAAGCGACACUGCCUGGUCAGGAGUGUGCUUCCAUGAGGGUGGCUCUGAAUCAUAAUUGGGCAAGGGACAAAAAAACAAUAUUUAAUUAGACUGAAAUUAUCAGAUACAAGGACAACCGAGUGCAUUAUCUCACUUGAUAGAGGUUAGUUAUUUUCCCCUUUACAUCCACCUCUUUUAGUAACCAUAAAUGAUUGAGUGAACGAUAGUGAGUAAAAUGGAAAUGGCGUCAUGGACGUGCAUGCAUAUUUUAUCUGACGGAGACGCAGCGCUCUGUUUCUCAGUCUGUUUCUAUCCCAGCUUACUUUAGUGCCUUCGGCGUUGGUCGUUUUGGUGUCAGACAAAGAUCCUGUUUUCAUCUUGGAGAUGCGAUGCUGUCCCUCAGUUUCCACGACUUAAAUAAUUUUUUCACACUGUGUCAGUGGCUUUUUUAGAGUCAUCCCAAUCUGUGAGGUGUCAAAAUACUCAGGUACUGUAUUGGAAACAGACGAGCAGGAUCGUGUUAAGUAGAAACAAAUGUUUACCUGGACUGUGUCAGGGUCAUGAUCCAUCAUCACUGUGCCUUCUGAUUUGUGCAGCUGCUGCUCCUCAUAGCCUCCUAAGUUUUAUAUGUUAGACAUCGUGACCAGAGGUUAGACUGACUAUCAAGCUCAGUUUUGCCUGUAAAAGCUUCAGUUUGCUUCUGUACCAGCGAAAUAAUUAGUAACACAGGAGCUAAGCUGUUAAUCUUUCUGUCGCUAUGGCAUCGGUCAAACCCGGUACUGACAUCCAUCUUCAUCACAUCCCACUUUCUUUAAAAAAAAAAAAAGAAA